ACGUCAAAUACCCUAACCUAACAUAAACUUAUAUGACUUAACCAAAACAAAAAAAGAUUGUAUGGUGGUUUAUAUAUUUUUUUAUGUAAAUCUAACUUAUUAAAGUGAAAACGGCAAAAAUUGUUGUAUUUUGAUAUCAAUUUAUCACCGAAUUGUACAAAUGGGUUCUCCCAAGCAUAAAGAAAACCUAACCAAACUUUCCUUAGAAGAACUUGAAGAAAUUUACGAACGGGAGAAAAAUAUACUUAAAAAUAAAAAAUUGGUUGACAAAUUGCCCGAUAAAGGAAAACAGUUGGAACAAAAGUUAAAGGAAAUUAAAAAAGAAAUUGAUGUCAAACGCUCACUUCAAGAUAUUGAAGGAAGUAUGAAAACAAUGAGUAUUGAUAGUACUAAAGAAUCUGUUUUAAAUGAAAAACAUGUACAACAUUUAUGUAAUAUGGAAAAAACUCCAGAAAAAGAAAGGUAUAAACCAUUUUCCACUCUUGCUCAUGAAGAUAAUAAAUCAAAAGAAAGACAUCAAAACCCAACACAAUUGAUCCCAUUAGCGGAAUCUAUAAGUUUAUUAGUAGAACAAGCAAAUACAUUGCCGAUUUCUGAUCCUAAAAUUGUAAUUGAGGGAGCCGAAAGUGAUGAAGAGGAAGACGAGGAACAGGAACGAGUUGUAUUAGAUAAUACACCUUUGUAAUUUUCAAAAAAACUCUAUUUAAAUAAAUUAACAAUUUUUAACAUUUUAUGAA